AUGGAAGCCAGCCGGCGCAGUUGGGCGCCGAAGCGGAGGGAUGACAGGAUCAUCAUACAUUUCGACUACGACUGUUUCUACGCGGCGGUCUUCGAAGCUGAAAAUCCUGCGCUCAGAUCGCUUCCGCUGGCUGUGCAACAGAAGCAUAUCAUAGUCACAUGCAACUACGAGGCUCGUCGACGGGGCUUGCAUAAGCUGCAGCCCAUAAAUGAGGCGAAGAAGCUUUGCCCGGACGUCGUUAUCGUCCUCGGCGAAGACCUCACCCGCUUCCGGAAUGCAUCCCGAGAGCUGUAUAAUUUCAUCCGGCAGUUCUCCUGGAACAACAAGGCAGAGAGGCUCGGAUUUGAUGAGGUAUUUUUGGAUGUAACGGAUGUCAUCCGCUACAAUAUCGAGCUGCUUAAUGCCAAUGACUUGGCCAACUCAUUCUUUUGUCUCUCCCAGAAUGAUCCUACGCUAGGCUUUCCAUACAACGCCGCUGAACUGGCUGGACACGCUUCCCCUGCAUCAACCGCGUGCCAGGUCAUACUGAAUGGCAUUGACCCGGACAGCUUACUCAUACGUCUGCAUCUCGGAUCCCACCUAGCGCGGCAUCUGCGCACCCAGUUGGAGGAGCACAAAGGUUACACAGCCACCAUCGGUAUUUCGACGUCGAAACUAUUAUCCAAGCUCGUAGGUAACUUAAACAAGCCCAACGGGCAGACUACGCUUCUACCUCCGUACGAAGCGCCUGAAGGUGGGACUGGCAAUGCCACAGCCUUCAUUGACGGCCAUGAGAUCGGAAAGAUCCCUGGGGUUGGCUGCAAGAUAGCCCAAAAGCUGCGUGAACAUAUCCUUCAGAGACCGGCUGAGAUUGAUUCUGGGCUGGUCUACGGGGGCACGAAAGAGAAGGUCACUGUUAGGGACGUAAGAACUCAUCCCACUAUAAACCUGGAGAUGCUGGACCGAUUGCUGGGUGGACCAGGCUCACACCGCGGCACCGGUGUCAGAGUCUGGCAACUGAUACAUGCGGUUGACGACACGGAGGUAGGCCAAGCUAAGGAGGUGCCAAGUCAGAUCAGCAUAGAAGACAGCUACAUCCGACUCGACACGAUCGAAGAAGUGCUAAAAGAGCUGCGAAAGCUUGCAAAAAGCCUGAUCAAGAGGGUGCAUCUCGAUCUUCUCGAAGAGAGCGACGAUGACACGGGCAUUCCGCCUGUAGCUGAGCAUUCCAAAGGAAGCACAAGCCUUGGCCUCCGAAGAUGGAUCGCUCAUCCGAAAACGCUGCGCCUCUCAACCAGGCCCCGUCCACCUCUGAACCCCGACGGGACACGUGCCCGAAGCUUUAACCGCAUCUCGCGCUCAGCACCACUGCCUACCUUCAUCUUCGGUCUCAGCGAAAGCAUUGACGCGCUUACAGAGAGGCUGAUAAGCGAAGCGCUGCUGCCUAUGUUUCGGAAGCUGCACCCGGACAGAAGCGGCUGGGAUCUAAGCCUCGUCAAUGUGGCUGUGACGAACAUGGCGGAUGCAGCUGGCGACAGCAAAACAGCUACCGGAAGAGACAUCAGCAGCAUGCUCAGAAAGCAGGCUGAUGUCUUGAAGGAGUGGAGAGUUGAGGAUCGACCUGUGCCUCCCGAUGCACCAGCCGAGGUCUUUGGUAAGAACACAUCCAUGCCCGCUUCAUCCAGGCCAGAUGAUGAGCGGAAGGGCUCAGAGGACAUGCUCGUUCCGUCACAGGAUAGCCGCAACGGUUUCGAAGGAGCCGUUUGGGACUUGGAAGACGGGGCUGAAGAGCAGGUGUCCGCCCUCGCAUGCGAAAUCUGUGGAGCAAUUAUGCCGGCAUUUGCUAUGCUAGCUCAUCAGCGUUUCCACGAGCUGGGGGAUUAG